UGCACACACGAAUAUAUGCAUUACCGGACAAACUGCAUAUAAAAUAGGAUGUACCGCAACCAAACUCGGUUAAACAAAUAAGAGAAAAAUGAAUUUUAUAUUUUUUAUAACGAUUCUUGCCAGUGUAAUGACAGUUGCAUUCACGGCAACAUUUGUAGAUUAUGCCUCCCAUCCAAGAUUUCCUGGAAAAUGUUUCUAUGACGGGGUACCCUUAGAAACUAAUCAAAAGUAUUAUCGUGAUGGCGAAUGCACUGAGAUUAAAUGCCAAGACGGACGGAUUGGCUUGAUUACCGAAAAUACAUGUGGAGAUAUUGGAGAAAGUACAGAGGAUUGUAAAUAUAUAGGUUGGGACUACAGGAAGACAUAUCCUGAGUGCUGUUACAGGACUGCAAUAUGUCGUGCAAAAUGAUGGAUAUGUUUUCAUGCAAAAAUAAAAUGAAUUCAUUAAAGUGAAUUUUUUGUGUCUAAAUAUUUUAAAAUAUGUUUUAA